AUGCCUUUCUAUCGAGACAUUGAGACCCUCAAGGAGAAGCUCGGCGGCGCCUACGCCUCAGUUCUCGUCAUCCUGCAUGAGAGGCAGCGCGAGCGCGAGCGACUCGCCAUGGAAGCCAGGAUCAAAGCCAAGAAGGAGGCCGAGGACAAGGCCCAGAAGGAGGCCGAGGCCAAGGAAAAGGCCAAAGAGGAGGCCGAGGACAAGGCCCGGAAGGAGGCCGAGGCCGAGGAAAAGGCCAGAGAGGAGGCCGAGGUCGCCGCCCAGAAGGAAGCCGUCGAGGCCGCCGCCAGAGAGCGGCAGCAGCGUCGGGAGGCUCUCCGCUCGCCCCGCCUCCGGAUGAGCAUCAUCAUGAAGGUGGCCACGCACCUCUCCGAGCAGGACGACGACGAGUACGACGACGCGUACCUGUCGACGGCCGAGCUGGCCGAGGGAACGAGCCACUACGCUGACAAUGACUGGACCUUUGUUGAGAGACCUUUCUACCGUUGA